AUGGCUCAUAGGUUAUUAAUGAAUGUUAUCUUCACCGGCGCCUCAGUUUUCGGUAGAGCUUUUACAGAGGCAUAUAAACAAGCAGCAAAAGCAUCUGCUGCCAGUGCGGCUGCUGGAGGACCGGCCAAAGCUACAUCUGUAGGUGGUAUUUCAACGGAAGAAGCUUUGAAAAUUUUGAAUUUAAAAAAAAACGAGCUCACGAUGGAUCAAAUUGAGGAAAAAUACAAUUAUUUGUUCCAGGUGAACUCAAAGGAGCAGGGUAAUUCCUUUUAUUUGCAGAGUAAGAUAUAUUAUGCGAUGGAUACGUUGAAGAAGGAACUAGAGUAUUUGGAAAAUGUAAAGAAACGUCAAGAAGGUGGGGAAACACAAUCGAGCUGA